GGGAACCUGGCUUCAUCUGCAAUCACGGAUACUGCUGAUGAUUUUUCAAACUGGACAAAGGUGGAGACUUUAUUGGUUGCCGAAGCAACAGAUCAUAACUCAAGACUUCAAUUAACGACAACCACCAAAGGUGUGAUAUGGUUGGACCAAGUGUCUGCUAUGCCAGUGGAUACAUAUAAGGGACAUGGUUUCCGAACUGAACUUUUUGAAAUGCUGUCAGCUUUGAAACCCAAAUUUAUCAGAUUUCCAGGUGGCUGUUUCGUUGAAGGAGAAUGGUUAAGAAAUGCAUUUCGGUGGAAGGCAACUGUUGGACCAUGGGAGGAGAGACCUGGGCACUUUGGUGAUGUUUGGAUGUAUUGGACUGAUGAUGGACUUGGCUAUUUCGAGUUUCUUCAACUUGCGGAGGACUUGGGUGCUUUACCAAUAUGGGUAUUUAACAAUGGUGUCAGCCACAAUGAUGAAGUUGAUACAUCUGCGGUUUUACCUCUUGUGCAAGAAGCCCUUGAUGGAAUUGAGUUCGCAAGAGGUGAUCCCACUUCAAAAUGGGGUUCUCUUAGAGCUGCUAUGGGACACCCUGAGCCAUUUGAUCUAAGAUAUGUUGCUGUUGGGAAUGAAGAUUGUGGAAAACCGAAAUAUCGUGGAAACUACCUGAAAUUCUAUCAUGCAAUAAGAACUGCUUAUCCUGAUAUCCAAAUUAUCUCAAACUGUGAUGGUUCUUCUCGGGCUUUAGAUCAUCCAGCUGAUAUGUAUGAUUAUCAUGUUUAUACAAAUGCGAAUGACAUGUUUUCUAGAGCUAACACAUUUGACCGCACAUCACGAAAUGGUCCAAAGGCUUUUGUAAGUGAAUAUGCUGUGACUGGAAAAGAUGCUGGAACGGGAAGCCUUUUGGCAGCCCUAGCUGAAGCCGGGUUCCUUAUUGGACUCGAAAAGAACAGUGAUGUUAUCGAAAUGGUCAGCUACGCUCCACUUUUUGUUAAUGCCAAUGACAGGAGGUGGAACCCAGAUGCAAUUGUGUUCAACUCUUAUCAGGCUUAUGGAACUCCUAGCUAUUGGGUGCAAUUAUUUUUCUCAGAGUCAAGUGGAGCAACACUUCUAAGUUCAUCACUUCAAUCGAAUUCUUCCUCCAAUUCAGUCCUUGCAUCAGCAAUAACAUUUCAAAGUUCUGUAGAUAACAAAAAUUAUAUACGAAUAAAGGUUGUGAACUUUGGCACCAGCGCAGUGAACCUGAAGAUCUCUAUUGAUGGACUAGAACCAAAUUCAUUGCAGUUAUCUGGAUCAACAAAGACUGUGCUUACAUCUGGAAAUGUAAUGGAUGAGAACUCCUUCUCACAGCCAAAGAAGGUGGUGCCAAUUAAGAGUGGACUUCAGAAUGUUGGGAAGGACCUGAAUGUGACAGUCCCUCCACGUUCAUUCACAUCAUUUGACUUGCUGAAAGAAUCCAGUAAUCUGAAGAGGAAGGGGAGUGGUUCUUCUACGUGGUCUUCUAUGUAAUGCAAUGAAAAAUUUGACCAAAAUGCAGAAGAAAAAGUAAAGGGGAAGGAAUGGAAUAUAUGAAUCAGCUGCAACCAACUUUAUAAGAUUUGAAUUAUACCUUGCCAUGUAAAUAAACAAUGUUGCGCUGUGAAUAAUAAUAUUUAGAUGGAUUCCAUUAAUGCUCA